AGAUAUUUUGAAUAAGAACUAUUUAAUUUUCUUGGACAGCUGCGUAAUAAACAGUCUUCAUAUUAAAAUUUCAAGCAUUGUCUGCAUUCGUAUUGGUUGAAGAAUUUUAGUAAGUAGUUAAAUUAAUUUUGCUAACCGCGUAGUCAGCCACCGGAAGUUUGCCGGAAAUGGCAUCUGUCGCGGGUGCCCACCAUCCACGGGCUGGCAGUGACUGUACAGUUUCUUGUCAGUGCAUCUCGACGAUUUAAUUUCGUAAUCUUUGAUCUUGCUGUUUGCUUUAGUUUUCUGUUUUUUCGUGAUUGAGCUGCAUAAGAUUUAAUGGGAAUCGUUUGUUGAGCGAAUUGUGGAUUAAGCAGGCAGGAUGUAUUCGGAAGGCGUGCUGCGCAAGUUCGGCCUGAGCGGCGGUGGACGGGCUGACGAAACAGUGGCGUUGCACUCAGCAGCUGCAGCAUCAGCAGAUGCGGCGCACCUGGCUCCCUCGGACAUCCUGGCCCUGAUGACGCCCCUGGGCAAGGUGUACCGCAGCGCCCUGAACAACAGCAACCAUCUGCCGUCCAGCGAGGGCCUGCGCCUGCUGACCACCCCCGUGGGGUUCCAGUGGCCGGGGGCGUGGCAGGCGCUGGGGCGGACGCGCGAGGAGAAGUGGAUGAACGCGGCCUUCGAGAGCUGCGCCUUCAAGACCUGCCUGAGCACGGUGGGGGGUUUCGUCAUCGGCGGGGCGCUGGGGCUCUUCGGCGCCAGCGUGGACCCCUACUACUCCAUGGGCGGCCGCGUGGACCCCGCCGCGCAGACGGUGAAGAUGGUCUUCCAGGAGAUGGCCUCGCGCAGCUACUCCAGCGCCAAGAACUUCGCCAUGGUCGGCGCGCUCUUCUCCUCCAUCGAGUGCGCCAUCGAGAGCUACCGCGGGAAAUCUGACUGGCAGAAUUCGGCGUAUUCCGGCGGAGCCACCGGCUUCCUCAUCGGUUUCCGUGCGGGCCUGAAGCCGGGCAUCCUGGGCGGACUGGGCUUCGCGGCCUUCUCGCUGAUCAUCGACCACUACCUGCACCUCUGAGCUGCCCAGUCGGGACCGAGAAACGACCGUCCUGUGCUGCGGCGUCUGCUCAUUGCCACUACUCUACACUGUCUUUCAACGCGGCGUUUCUUUUUAUUACCGUGUUUCCUAUAAACUUUGCCGUGUAGAUACACUAGCGAAGUAAUUCUUGUCUUGAUUACGCUAGCUAGCUGCGACAGCAAUUUGAUCAGCAUCAAUAAAAACGCAGCCGGAA